UCAAGUACACAUUCUCCUUCAUUUUCUCUCCCUCACAAAACCUUUCAUCUCUCCAACACACAAACCCAGCAUCUUCAGAAGCUUAACACAUCCAUCCAUGGAUUCUUCCAAAUUGGCUUUGGUUCUCUUCCUCUCCUCCCUCUUCAUCCACGCAACUCUAGGGGAGAUUGUGUGUGAGGAAUUACCAACAAAUGUUUGUGCUUUUUCGAUAUCGUCUUCGGGGAAGAGGUGCCUGCUGGAGACGGGUGCGACGGCCGGGAAAGAUGAGCGGCAGUGCAGGACAUCAGAGGUGGUGGUAGAGAGAAUGGCCAAUUACAUAGAGACCGAUGAAUGUGUUAAUGCUUGUGGUGUUGAUAGGAACUCUGUUGGGAUCUCAUCUGAUUUACUCCUUGAACCUCAAUUCACAUCCAAGCUUUGCUCCUCUGCUUGCUAUAAGGGAUGCCCCAACAUUAUCGACCUCUACUACAAUUUGGCUGCUGGAGAAGGUGCAUUUUUGCCUGAUAUUUGCGAGGCUGCAAGAGUAAAUCCUCACCGUUCGAUGGUUGCGCUUAUGAGCACCAGUGGCGUUACCGGGGUAGCACCAGGUCCUUUGGCUGCCAAGUCGAAAACAGUCGAUAUCUCUGAUAGUCCUGCAUCUGCUCCUGCUGAGAAUGCAUCUCCUCCGGAUGAAGCAUUGUCUCCUGGUUAUAUUUAAAUUUUCACAACUAGAAAUGAGAGAUUCUCUUAUAGGGAUGAUAAAUAAAUAAAUAAAUACAUAUAUAUAUAGCGAGAUUCUCUUAUAGGGACUGUUUUUACAGUCUUAAAAUACGGACUCUUACUUGAGCCGUCCGAUCUCAUCAACGGUUCAAAUAAUCUUACAUAUAUAUAGAGUUGGAGAUUUUCGAUUGUGAACUCUUGUGUUUUCAUCUAAUACAGCAAUAAGAACACGUCUCAAGCUUUCCCUGUAA